AUGGACUUGGGCAAAGCUCUCUUGCAUCAUCUACUGCCGCGUCUCUCUGCGUUCCUUUGGCCGCCGGCCUUCGUCGACGCGAUUCAAUUGCAAUGCCCCGUCUGGGUCCAGCCCUCCCCGGCCUUGGAGGUGACUGGUGAUGUCAUUGAUCAACAGUUGAACCGUGCACCGGAAAAUGCUUAUUAUUCUGUUCUCUUCUACGCAUCUUGGUGCCCGUUCUCACAAAAAUUUAAGCCUACUUUUGAUGCACUCAGUUCAAUGUUCCCUCAAAUCAAACACUUCGCAGUUGAACAGUCAUCUGCAAUGCCAAAGGUGUUUUCAAGAUAUGGGGUUCACAGUGUCCCCUCUGUACUUUUAGCGAACCGGACUAGUACAGUGCAUUUCCAUGGUUCCAAAAAUCUCAGCUCGCUUGCUCAUUUCUACAAGGAAAUUACAGGUCUUGAUCCAGUGACUCAUUUUACUGUUGAUGAACCCAAUGAAUCCACAAAUUCAAAGCCUUUUAAACCAUGGAAUGGAUCUCUGAACGAUAUGACAACCAAGGAGCCCUAUCUUCUACCGGCUUUUUUUUACAUCUGUUUGAAGAUGCUCACCCCUGUCUUGACUCCAAUCUUUUCAUGCUUCAAAGCCUUUUGGUUGUCGCAUGCUUGGCGUCUAAACAUGGGAAUCUUAGGUGAAUCAAGUCAGCUAUUGGAACGAAUGCACCAUGUGAUCGAUGUCAAGAAGCUAUGGAGCAAGGUCAGGCUCUGCAACAAGAACCGCAACUUCCAAAAGGGUGCGAAGAAUGCACGAGUGUGGGCUUCCUCCCUAGCUUCAGUUUCACUCGGUGAAUCAUCGUCUACGAGACUAGUUCCUUCAGACUCAUGAUUUUGUGCUGUUCCCUCGUUAUCCCGCUAAUGAAAACAUAAGAAGAUAAUGAGCAUUCUGUUGUGGAUAUAGAGUUUAUUCAUAUUCUCCUACUGAAGUUAGUGUAAUUUCUUUUUCUUUUUCUCCCUCGACUUACUGUACUUCAUUUUUGAACUGGAACACAAUGGUGAAGCAUCAUCACAGAUUGUAAAUUCAGAGAACCUCAUCUUUCUGUAAAUUACCAACUGGUUUGUGUCA